AUGCUUUCAUUGCUCCCCUUUCUUUCAUCAGACAUCUGCACAGACGAUUCCACUGUUCAGGCGGAGAUUGUGGACGUGCACAAUGCUUUCAGGAGGGCAGUGGUACCCACAGCAAGCAACAUGCUUAAAAUGAGCUGGAACCAAACGGUGGCAGACUCAGCCCAGGCGUGGGUGGACAAAUGUGAGCUGCAACACGGGCCAAGCAGCAGCCGCAUGGUUGGAGACUACGAAUGUGGUGAAAACCUGUUCAAAUCUGAAACUGCAUCGACUUGGACUGAGGUAGUGACAGCUUUUCACGAUGAAGUCAAUAACUACGAAUACCCCACUGGAUCCACCAAUGGACUGCCAGUUGGCCAUUACACCCAGGUGAUAUGGUACAGCUCCUAUGAGGUGGGAUGUGGUGUGGCCAAAUGCGGCGACAAUUACUUCUACGGCUGCCAUUACUACAGAGCUGGUAACUUCUACAGUAAUGGUGUGGCCAUACCACCAUACACCCAAGGAGAACCGUGUGCAGACUGCCCAGACUCCUGUGAGGACAACUUGUGCACUAAUCCUUGUCCAUACAUCAACAAAUUCACCAACUGUGCCUCCUUGAAAAAACAAGCAGGGUGUACCAACAGCUACGUGAGGACCGUCUGUCCAGCCCUUUGCCUAUGUGACUCGGAAAUUGUUCCCAUUGCAAGAAAAUAAUAAAUAUAUAACUAAAAGCUUUCCCCUUGGAUUAAAAUAUGAACUACUUUGCCUGGACCUAAAUAAAACUGUUGGUUGUAAUGAUUUAGUGAUGUAUAUGAUGUAUAUGAUGUGAAAGUGACUCAUUUGGCAAUCCCAGAAUAAUAUUUUUAAAAAGCUGUAACAAACCCUUUAUGUGACAAAACAAAAUCCAUGGUCAGAUUCAGAACAUGUGCAUCAGUCAUGUUUCAAUAAGAAUGUGAAGACGUUACUAUAGACAUAUACUUGUUUGUGGAAUACUAUUCAUAAUGUUCAUGAACUACUGCAGAUAAUUUGGAUUGAGCCAUGAAACAAAAUCCCUACCAGAAAGCAAGACAUCUGUUUUAAUUGGAUUUAUAGUUAUUUGCAAAGAAAACUUUUCUGAUGUUCAAUCUUCAACAGCCAGGUGUCGCUGUUGUAUAUAGUACUUUCAUAGAAAAGCUAAAUAAGGUCCUCUUUACCCUUUCUGCUUCUGAGCUUUCCAGCUGUACGCCCUGAAAAAGCCAGCCACUUAUCAGUUUGUGGCCCUUGUGCGAUUUCUUCAAAUAAACUUGAUGAAUGCAUGAA